UCCUGAGAGGUACUCCUGAAGUCUUCAGGUCUUACAAUGAGGGAUAUUCUGCAGCUGAUGGUGGUGCUGUUCUGUCUGCCUGGGACAUGGGCUCAAGGAGAAAGUGAAGAAGCUCACCAAGGCUUACAGACAAGUGGCCAGACUAGCACGGAUAUCUGGGUUGAGCUGAGAGCUCUGAGAGACAUGGUGGUGGAGCAGAAGGUGGAACUGACAUAUACCAAGGCUGAACUGCAAACCCAGAGAGACAAAGUGGCUAGUCUGGAGAAAGAGAAUGCACAAGCUGCAGAACUGGCAGCCCUGGUUUGCAGAGUGACAACCAGCGAGAAGGAUGUGACAGCUCUCAGGGAGGAGCUGAAUCUUUCUAAGAAUGAACUACUGCUCAGCAAGAGCAGAUUGGAUAACAUAGAGAAGGCAAUUGCAGGCUCUCCAAAGGUGGCUUUCUCUGCUGGUUUGACCACAGCAGGAAAAAUUGGACCAUUCAAUAUCGAAACACCACUUGUCUACAGUCGAGUCUUCACAAAUAUUGGCGAGUCUUACAGCCCAAUUACAGGUAUUUUCACAGCACCUGUCAAAGGAGUCUACUACUUCAGAUUUACUGCCUUCAAUAACAAGAAGGGAGAAUGGAUGGCAGUGAAUAUGUACCAUAAUAGUCAGAGAAUGCUGCACAACUCUGAGUUAUCUGAUGUUCAUUCAUUUAUUGCAAAUGCAUUAAUUCUACAGCUGGAAAAGGGAAGUGUGGUCUAUAUGCGUCUCCACCAAGGCAAUGGUCUUUAUGAUAAUGCUAGCACCUGGAACACCUUCAGUGGUUUUCUGAUGUUCCCUCUGUGACUUUCAAAUAUAAUUUCAUAUUUCACCAAGGGUUUUAAAAACAUUGUGAAAAAAUGUAUCCUAUGUCAGCAGUUGUAAUUUCACUAUA